AUGUACUCCUCCAUCGAGGUGCAAGAUCCGACAGCAAGUGUGCCGAUAAGUUACGCGCUUCUGGAGUUACCGUCAAAGAAGGAGUUACGCAAGAAGGGUUACAAGCUGGAGGAAAUCAACACCACCUCCACGCGCGAUCACCCACUCUCAAAAUGGACGACACACAUGCUGAGGAGGGGUGUCACGUACCGUCACGCCCUUGACGCCAUUCAGGAGGCAAACAAAAACUCGUGGGGAUUACUGAAGGCCCGCAUCAAUUUCAGUUGCGGCUCCUUUGACAGUUACGCACGCCUCAAGCCACAUGACCCCAUGUCGCUGAAGCACGUCGGUUCAUACGACCCCAACGGCGUGUACAAGCUCGCCACCAUUGAGGCGUCCGUGGCAAGUCGUGCCCGUCUGUUUCCGCGACUGAAGCCCCUUGUCGAUGAACGUGGCUACCACACAUGCAAGAAGAGUGUGCCGCGCUCAUUUGCGCCGCAGGUUUUGUACAAGGAUUGCCCACCACCGGUGUUGUCGCAGGCAGGUUAUGAUUUCACACCCGUGAGCCAUACUGCCUUCCUGUUGCGUCCUGGUGAUCACCCGCGGGGGGUGCGGAACGUGAAGAGUGAUUUUAUGAAGGAAAGCUGUGACUACAGGCCGCGGUCUUACCUCCGUGACGAGGUUAGCGGAGGCGUGAACAGUCGGCAUUGCCACUGCGCGGAGGUGUAUCAGGUUGGGGACUACACAGCAGAUUAUGCCCGUGUCACCGACGUGGUGAAUCAACGCAACGCUGUCGUUCAGAAGGAUUUUACAAAGACUGGCACGCUAAAGGCGAACAGCAGCAUCGUGGGACGGCGCUACGCCAAGGCGCCGACGUUUCCCUGCACCCAUCACGUCAGUGCCAAGGGGGGGGAUACCACCGCCACUGCUGCCGCCGCCGAGCCCCAGCAGACUGCCACCACCCGCAGUAAUGAGACGCCGAAUGAAGCCACAACACCCAAUGCUGAUGAGCCAAUGCAAUCACAAGUGAGGCGCGCUGUUUGUUUUGAGGAUGAGCACAGCAGCAAAGUGGCUUAG